AAUGCAGUCGCCGGAACGAUGGCCGUCGAUAAUUUUCUCUUCGGCCAGUGCAUCCUUUAUUUUUUAGCAUUUCUUUUCGGUUUCAUCGCCGUCGUGCCGCUCUCUGAAAACAGCGAUGACUUCCAGGGGAAAUGCCUGCUGUUCACUGAGGGAAUGUGGCAGAAUGAGAACAUGACGAUGGGGAAACAGCGCUUUAUAGUUGAAGAAUGGGGACCGGAGUCAUCCUGUCGCUUCAUCACUUUCGUGGGCAUCGUGUCUCUCAUCCUGUCCGCUGUACAGGCGUGGCGGACCUUUUUCUUCCUCUGCAAAGGCCACGACGACUCUCUUUUCCAUGCCUUCUUGAAUCUGCUCCUGUGCCUGUUGGUGGUAUUUGUGGUGUUUGUGGCCGGUACCAUCUCCAGCGUUGGCUUCAGUGCGUGGUGUGAUGCUGUCACCGAAAAUGGUGCCAUGCCAAGCAGUUGUGAGGAUCUGCAAGACACAGAUUUAGAGCUUGGUGUCGACAACAACUCUUUUUACGACCAGUUUGCCAUUGCACAGUUUGGCCUGUGGUCAGCCUGGUUAUGCUGGUUGGGUCUAACGGUACUAGCCUUCCUAAAGGUUUACCAUAACCACCGGCAGCAGGAGCUGCUAGACAGUCUUGUUCAAGAGAAGGAGCUCCUGCUAGGUCAUCCUUUACAAAGGAGCUCUUACAACAGGAAUGCCAUGAUUUAAACAUCUCUCAUUUAGUCCAUUUGCGCUGAGAGCAGAAUUAAACCCUCAGAGUAAACAUAUUUUUAUACAACAUAUCAAACAUUAGACCUAAGUCUAAGUAGAUUCAUGAUCAUGACGACUUCAUGUUGAAUGCAGAUGACGAAGUCAGUUAUAAUUGUUGUUUAGAGACAGCAUCCUUACAGAACUCUCAUCAAACUGUACAUGGAGUUAUGUUCAUAUUCACUCUUACUUUUUUUUUUACAUGUAAAGACACUGCCUGUGAGAUAUUAUGUUGUACCUCAUUCUCUUGAGAAGGCAGCUGUGCAUUUAGUAGACUUAGGAAAGUGUAAAUCGGGGCUCUUUGAGCAGAUGUCACAGCUUCACAGUUCACUUAGACAUGAUAUAUAAAGUCUGCUUCACUUAGAAAAUAAUACUGCCUUUACUGUACCUGGGAGCAAAAUAUAACCAAAAAUAAAACUGAAUAAUUGCUCUUA